AAAAAGAUGUCUCAAAUUCAACCAGCGCGGCAUGAGCAGCAGCUGUCACGUCAAGUGGCUAAAACCACUACGGCUGUGACGGUGGGUGGGUCGAUGAUGGUGCUUUCCGGGUUGACCCUGGCGGCUACGGUUAUUGGGCUUGUUGUGGCUACACCUUUGUUGGUUAUUUUUAGCCCGGUUCUUGUACCCGCUGCCAUUACCAUUUUCAUGAUAAUGGCUGGCUUGUUGGCUGCUACUGGCUUUGGUGCUACUGCUACUUUUGUUUUCUACUGGAUGUAUAGGUAUACUACUGGGAAGCAUCCAAUCGGAGCGGAUAAGAUAGAUUAUGCAAGAGAGAGGCUAGCCCAUGCGGCCCAUGAUAUAAAGGAGAAGGCUGAGCAAUUGGGACAUCAGGCCCAGCACCAGGUUAAGAUUACUACAUGAAACGCCCCAACAUCAUGAAUGAUUCAAGGAAGAAAUGCUUGUUCCAUGCUAGUUCUUGUACCUUUUUCUAUUUUUUUUUUUGUUUUAAUUCUGUGUUGAGAGUGUGAGUCAUGUGCUGUUAGUUUGGAUUUUGUGGCAGAGUUUAUGAAUGGUGUUGUAACAACAUUUCUAUUUGGCGUAAUGGGUCAUGUGUGUUCAUAAUUGUUUAUUUGUCUUUUUUCGUUUAC